UGGUCCUCUGGAAAGUAGCCAGUGAUCUCAACUGCUGAGCCAUCUCUAGCCCUAGGGAUCUUAAUUCAACAGCGUCAUCUACAAUCUGCUGAAACAAAAUUGAAUACUGCUGGAAUAAAGAUGGAAAACUCACAGGCUGUCGAAGAUUGUGUGGAUCAGGCCCAGAAAGACAGGGUGAGACAGGGUUUAGAAGCAGGUGCUCAGGGCCAACUCAGUGGAAUGAACAGAACUUGAGCUCUCCCCUCCUGACAAGGUACAGGUGGCUGUCUGUACUCUGCUUCCUGCUUCUGCAUGUGAAGCCCCAGGCCCUCCCUGUGACACUCGUAAUGCACACUCACCAUGCCAGCCUUCCUGUUCCCUCAGCUGUCCGUGCUCUCUGUCUUGGUAUAGCUUCAGUGGGCUCCUAGCCCAUCUGGUUGACACUGGGCAUGGGUGCUCUGGGUAGAGCUGACUAGGGCCUACCCGAGUGGAUGUUGUCCUUGAGCCUGGGUACCUCAUGAGCACUGAGACCUUGUUUCCCUCGGCUGGCAAGGCACCCCAGCAGGAGGCAAUCCGGGAGAGUAAGGGGCCUGCUUGGGUUCUGUAGGCUUCUCCACUUGGUUGUGUGUGUGGGUGGAGCCCUGAUAGCAGGCUCUCCUGUGUGUCACCUGUUCCCUAUUGGGUGACUUUGGUGUGGCUUCCAGCUGCACAUCCUGCAGCACUGGCCAUGUUAGCUGAGAUGGAGGCAGGUACAGCUCUUUUUUUUUAACUCUUUCUAGAUAUUUCAGUGGGUGGCUCUAAGACAGUUACAUACCAGAGGGUGACCUGGCCUGGUAAUGUUCAAGACUGUUUUAAGCCAAGAAAAGGCCUGGAAAAGGGUUGUCAAUCAUCAAUAACCCUCCUGUCUAUCAACACCAGCUCAGAUGUUCCUCUGGAAACUAGCUCUGAUCUCUACCCACCUCACACAUGCCCUGCACUCCACCCCCAAGUCCCAUCUCUCUGUAAUGGAGGGAGUUGUCUGUGUGACUGUCCUCUUGGAGGUUUGAGCCCUUCUUGUCUUCUGUGUCCUCAGGCUGGGAAGGACCAUCCUGCCCUUUAAACCUCCCUGGGGUAAAUGCACCAAGAGCAGAGGUCCCCAAAUUGAGCACCGGGGCUGGGGUGAGGAAGCUGGUGCCAGGCGCCAGCCACUUUAUCUGGGUGGGCCAGGUGUUGCCAGUCAGCCCCACCCUCCUCCUGGGACUUGAUGAGCCAGAGCCUAAGCUCCCACCCAUUUCUCACCCUAGAAACCCUGCCUCUUUCUGUCAUGUGGUAGGGGCCUGGAGCUCCUCUCAGAAGCUAGAAGCCUGUGUAAUAGGCCGAGAACUUCAUUUCCCAUUGCACGAUCAACCCCUAGCACAGCCUGACUACAGAUAACUGUCAGUUCCUGUAGACUUGAGUAUACUUGUAACUGAAUGAGUGAGGGAGCCAGUCUCUGGAAUGCAUGAGGCAGACCUUCUUCUCGGGGUCCUGACUGAGAUGUCUGCUCCUCACUGGCCUGCCUUCUGAAUAGGCCACUUGACUUGGAUGCCGGACAGCACAAGAACCCCCAGAAUAUCCUGUGCUCCACUUGCUAGUAGCUUUGCGUUCUCAGCUUCUUUAUCAUCUGGUAUUCAGCUGAGCACACGCCAAAGAAGAUGAGUCAAGGACCUACCCUUCUCUCCUGUGGAAUUAUGGAAAAUGACAGAUGGCGAGACCUGGACAGAAAAUGCCCUCUUCAGAUUGACCAGCCAAGCGCCAGCAUCUGGGAGUGUCUGCCUGAGAAGUGUCAGGAUGGCUCCCUGUGGCACCAGGAGGCGGUGACUGCCUGUGCAGUGACCAGCCUCAUCAAAGACCUCAGCAUCAGUGACCACAACGGGAACCCCUCCGCUCCCCCCAGCAAACGCCAGUGCCGGUCACUCUCCUUCUCUGAUGAGAUGUCCAGCUGCCGGACGUCAUGGCGGCCCUUGGGGUCCAAAGUCUGGACUCCUGUGGAGAAGAGACGAUGUUACAGCGGAGGCAGCGUCCAGCGCUACUCCAACGGCGUCAGCCCCAUGCAGCGGAGCUCCAGCUUCAGCCUCCCUGCUCGGGCCAAUGGGCUCUCCUCGCCUUGCCACCAGUCCGGCCUGCCCCAGCACCUUGAGGGACAGCCCUGCCAAGGAGCACCAGGCUCAGCGCCCUGUGGACAGGUGGGCGACGCCUGGAGCCCCGACCCACACCCGGCGGGAGGAGGCCGGCUGGACCUGCAGCGCUCCCUCUCCUGCUCACACGAGCAGUUUUCCUUCCCAGAAUACUGUCCCCCUUCAGCCAGCAGCACACCUGCCUCAACGCCAGAGCUGGCCAGACGCUCCAGCGGGCUCGCCCGCAGCCGCUCCCAGCCGUGUGUCCUUAAUGACAAGAAGAUUGGCGUGAAACGGCGACGUCCUGACGAAGUGCAGGAGCAGAGGCCUUCUCUAGACCUUGCCAAGAUGGCACAGAACUGUCAGACCUUCAGCAGCCUCAGUUGCCUGAGCAUGGGGGUGGAAGUCCACAGCUCCCAGAGCCCCUUCGCCCUCGUCAGCAGUACCCGAUCCUGGACGGCAUUGCUCUCAGCCUCCAACCCAGGGGGCAGGACCCCUGCGGGGACCCCAGUUCCAGAGCCCGUUCCCCAUUCCUUCGAUGAUCACUUCCCCUGCCAGGAGGACCUGUCCUGUGAGGAGUCGGAUGGCUGCAGUCUAGAUGAGGACUGCUGCAGGAAGGAGGAGCCGGCCCCAGCCUGGCAGGGCCUUGGAGCCUGCACGAACAGCCUCUGCUCUCUGGACGGCGAGCUGGACAUUGAGCAGAUAGAGAAGAACUGAGGGGGCGGUGGGCGAGGCCUGGGGCAGAGGCUUUGCCAGGGAUGGGCCUUCCUCCGGGCCUUAGGUGGUCACUCCAAGGGGGAUCCUGGCUCCUGGGUCUGGAAAAAGCUUCCAAAAGGGAGCCCACCCACUUCCCGGGGAGCAGCGGUCACCCCGCAGUGCCCAAAUUUGUGAAGGCAACUUGGCCACACCUCACAAGCGACAGCUGGCCUCCCACCAGUUCCAUGGAACUACUGUAGCCCAAGAACAGGUUUUUGGUUUGGUCUCCUCCUCUUUGUUCCUCACGGAGUGCUGGGUAGCCAUUCUCCAGUAAGGGCUGGGCCAGCUGCACCCCUCACGUCGGGUGCCGGGCCUGAGCCCGCUGUGGCCUCACUCAGGCUCCAUCUGGGGAGUUGCCCAAAGCCUCCCUUACUUAGUUUACUCCGUGCCUUCUCUCCCAGGUCUCCCUGCCCCAGGCUUGGGAAGGUUCGGGAGAUGCCUCUUGUAGUGACACCAGACCGUGUGGCCUUAAUCCAUUUGGGGCACUAUGCAGGGAUUCUGGGGAUAAUCCGUGUCCCAUUUUUCGGGACUAGGGGAUAGGCCAGGGAUGACCAGAAGCCAUCCAUACUGGGUAGGCAUUUGGUGGUUGUGCUGACUGAAAGGUGGGCCCAUGAGUUCUCCCAUGGCACCAAGAAUCACCCACACCUCUGCCAGCACAAGGCCUGCCUUGGCAAGGCUGGCACUGGCAGCCUUCCUACUGUCCCCAGUCCCUGAGGGCUGAAUUUGGUGGAUUCAGCCAAGCGUAGAGAUGUCAGUGACAAGAUGACCUCUUCAUAGUGUCCUCAGGAACUACAAGCAGGUGCAGGAGUCUCGGGCCUGUGUACAUUCCUGGGCAGAGGGAUGUCUGCUGGCCGCUUUGCAGGCAUCUCUGUGUAUCGACCUAGGCUGGGGGCCCGCAGGUCUCCCCAGCAUUCCUAGCACAUUGUUGCUUGUUCACAGACACCGCUGGCUUUAAUGAGGGUGUACCACCAUCGGCUUCAAGACACCCCCUCCCAGCCCCCUGAAGGGAGCCUAGCCCCGAGGCUCUUCUCUGCAGGCCCAGCCACAGCAUGGCUUGACUCACACUCCCCCUCGCGGCUCCUCACUCCCAGCGUAGUUCCCAGAGGGCAUCUGUCCAGGCAGCUCCCCCAGUCUCCCCUGCAGACAUGCUACAGGGCUGUGCACUCUGGGACUCUGGCUUUUAGCAAACUUGGCACCUUCUGCAGACAAUAGCAAGUGGGCUGGCUUACACAAGUGGCUUGUUUUCCCAUAAGGCUAAAAAUAACUGGUGCAUUCUCUUGAGUCCAUGGACAUGUGAUCUGGGCCCUUUGGUAGUCACUCUGUUGUGCCUGUCCUCCGUGGUUCCAUCCUCCACGGGUUGAGCCCAAAUGGUUGUUACCUUUCUCCUAAAGAAAGCCCUUGGUGGGAACCUUUUGUCUAAACUUUAAUUUGUCAAUCCACCGGAAGGACGGAGGCGCAUGUGUGACGUAUAGGCAAUGUUUCUUUAAAAUCAGACCCAAGGGUACCGGAAAGUUCCACUUCUAUAGCCCCGGUUGGGCAGGGCAGCAUGGUGGGUACCUGUGGUGGUGGGGAGGUGGGGGACCAGUGGGACUCGGGGGCACUGGAAAGCCGAAGUAGAAAGCUGGCAAAGGCAUGACGCGGGAGCCCUGCCUGGUGGGUCAUGGAGCCCCUAUGUUCUCUGAGCAGACCUGGAGGAAGGUAGUGGAGAGGGCGUGGGAAGCACACACACCAGUGCCCUGUUCCCCAGGGAGUCCACAAGGAGAGGUUCUGGAUCUGGAGUAACCCCCCAGUCCCUAAAGCCACCCCUCCUAAGGAAGGCAGAGGCUGGACCCGGUUCUCCGGUCCUUUUCACACAGCCUGCUAAGGCCAAAGCCUAGAUCAUUGGCCAGCUGUCUCCUGUGGGCUGGGACCAGAGGCCCCUGGUGGCAGGCGUGUCUCAAGGCUGUUGGAACGGAUGACUUGUCUUGAGACCGUCUCCCUUAAGCCUGAUGGCUGAAGGACACCUUCAUCCUCCCUCCCUCUAGGGCACUGGUCCCUGGGCAGAGGAACUGCACCAAAUCUAGGGUAGGGAUUGGCUCUUUCCAGCUUCCUCAGGCCCUCUGGACUGUCCCUGUCCCACUAAGGCCUCAGUCCAAGCCCCCAGCACAGUAGCCAGGGAAGAUGGCAGGAGCCUUUCCGCUUAGAGAAAGAAUCUUCAUUUGCUUUCCGCCCUUCUUUUAAUCGAGCAAAGCAGGGCUCAUCUAGAAGGUAGGUACCCAUUUGUCUUUCAGCAGCCAUGCUACCCAGACAGCCUCAUGCAUCUGCCCCAUUCACUGGCCCCCACACCUCUGGGCCUGGAUCUCUUGGAGGAAGGUUCCCUUGGGAGGUUCCCUCUGGCUCAGCCCCCGGCACUGUGGCUUCAGGAUGGGCAACAGCAAAAGCCUCCCCCUUCAUCAGCCUGCCUGUGAGUGCCAUCCCCCAAAGUAUGCUUGGCCACCCACUUGCCCGGGGAGCCCAAAGGUCCAGAGCAAGCUGUGGCUCCACCAGAGCCAACUAGGGAAGGGGACCAUCCAUUGCGCUGCAUCCCCGCCCGCUCACUCCAAAAGCCACGGGACUGACAGGAGUUGCCCUCUGCAGGCGCCCCACCUGAGUUCAGGGUAGCAGCCUAGAUAGUUUACAUGACUGCCCACGCUUGCCUUACUCAUGGGUGGUGAAGGGAGGACCCGGUCAGCACCCAUGGGCUUCCUCAUGUACAGGCCCAAGGAACUUGUUCUGCACACACAUGCAGAUGGGCCUUCAUUCUCAGAAAGUCUUAAAUUUUUUUUCUUUUGUAGUAGGAAAGUUUUCUAAAUUUGUAUGCAGAAAAAAAGUUAAAUAAAAGAAAGGUCCAUAUUAAACAGGGAAACCCCCCCCCCCCCAGUUUCCAGAUGGGUCUCCCACGCAGAUAGAUGGUAGACUUUUUCUCGGGCUCAUUCAAAGUUCACAGCAGUUAGAACUACCCCUGGAUCCUGCACCCCAUUUCCACUGACGUGGUUAAAAUUACUUGAAUGAUGGCCACUUAAAACGUAAGCCAGGAGCCAGGGCUCAGGGACCCUCUGCCCAUGCCACCCACAAUGCUGUCCCCUUGCCACACCCCUGCUGCUGGUCAGGUCAGGCCUCUAGAGGGAAACAUUUUACAAUUGCAGACUGAUGGAGCUUCUGUAGCCUAGGUAGGAUAGCCUGACCUCCUAACGUAGUCUCAUUGGCAAAUGAAUCGCAUUGCCGGCGUCGAGGGACGCCCAGGGGUCGGGGACAGACUGUCCCGGGCAGGUGGCAGCGGUGUCCAGUUUCAGGUAGUGUGGUGACUGGUGUGGUGAGUCAGGCCCCCGCCAAGGCAGCAGUCCGUGGGCAGCCGGUGCUGGGUCUUCUCACUAAUGCCACGCCCCGCUGCCUGCUCUCUCACACAGGCCGUGACUGCCUCACGCUAUGGUCGCUGUAGUCUCAGGAAUUCGCUUGUUACUUUUACUGUGUAAAUAAAGCUUCCUGGUCCAACCCCCGGCUGCCUGGGCAUGGCUGUGUGGUUUUUGUUGGGUGCAGUGAACCAGCAGCCCUCCUGCCCACUCUUGUCCAUGAGAGUGUUGGCCCCGGACUGGGAAGACCACAGGGUGGACUUCUGUCCUCGUGCCUUGGGAAGAGGGUACAGUGCAGGGUGACUGGGAGCCACUUCUAGAGAGGGCUAGUCACAGCCACCCUCACAGCCUCGAAGGAGGAGCCAGAGGCCUACACUGGCGUGAGGGCCAGGCUGCCUUGUUAUUUCUGAGGUGAGAGCGAGAGAGGAGGCCGCCAAGAAGCCACAGGGCCUGGGCACCAACCUCCUCCUCCACAGAGCAGUACUGAAGGCUGUACAGCUGAGCUAUCAGCUCAGGGCCUCUGCCCCCACGGAGGGCAGUACAGUUCAGAACUCUGAUUCUUGAGCUGUGGAGGCAUUAGAACACACAGUUCACCCCAGAAUGGGCACACAGCCCUGAGCUGACUCUCCAAACUGAAGACCUGGGUCACUAAAACUCAGGCGAUGCACUGUGUCUGCAGUCCUGAGGACCCGGUGGGGAGCAUUUAAUUUCUGUCACCCAAUGUUAUCUGGCCUUGGAAUGUUCUCUUAGACCCUCUGCUGUGGCCAGUGUCCUAGUCUGGAAGUGACAUCCUGGAAUACUCUUCUGCUUUGCUUUUUUUUUUUUUUUUUUUUUUUUUU